CCCAACAAAGGAAGAAAUGUAGCAUCAAUCACGGAUGCCAUUUUAAUCACUAACUGUCACAUAUAAACCAAAGGAUAUAUAAUAAUUUACAUAUAUAAUGGCCAAUCUAUGUUUCUAAAUAAGUUCCUUUAAACUAAUUUUAACCGAAAAGUUCUUAUUGUCCACAGACAGUCAUCGUAGUUGAUACUGACUUGGAGGCGGCAUGAGUCUACCUGCAGUAGUCAAACAUCAUCCCAACUGCUGCAGUUAUUACCAGUGACACUACAGCUGGUGCACUUAUCACAGGAUAAGUGUUGAAUGACUCAGUGAGUGUAAAUAAAGAAAGAUUUCACCUCUAGAAUUUAAAGAGAAUAACAAGAAUGGCACAGACUACUCGUGAACUAAUCACCCUUCAAGUUGGACAUUAUGCAAACUUUGUUGGUACACACUGGUGGAACCUUCAGGAAGCAAGCUUCAUGUAUGGCACCUCUGCAGAUACAGGCAUCAAUCAUGAUUUCCUCUUCAGAGAGGGUAUCACUUCUCAAAGGCAAGAAACGUAUACUCCGAGGCUGUUGUGCAUAGAUGUAAAGGGAAGUUUAUGUAGUCUUUCAAGUCGUGGUUCUCUAUACAGUCCACCACAUCCUGAGCCUUCAACCAGUGAGGCUGCUUGGGAUGGUCCAGUCGACCUUAUACAACAAUUACCCGAAGUAAAGAAUGAAUAUCUGAUGGAUCUUGAACAGGAGGAUGCAAGAUUUUAUAGAGCAGCAGAUGAAGACAAGGACAUAUGUAUUGAUGAAGUUCCUGAGGCCCCUUUUGCAUUAACUCAAAAAAUCUAUGACCUGACAAAAUCAGUCAGUGUCUGGUCUGAUUUUUUGCGUCCUCAUCUCCAUCCCAGUUCCAUAUAUCUCCUCAAUGACACGUCAUUCAAAACUGGAAGAGCAACUAGCAACAGUGAUGAAGGUAUUUGGGGAUUUCCAUCAGGAUCUGCCUUUUUUCAGAGGGAUGAAGUGGAAGAAGAAGUAUCUGAUCGAAUUAGACUUAUGGCAGAGUCUUGCAACAGUUUACAAGGUUUCCAGGUAUUAAGUAAUGUCCAUGAUGGAAUGGGUGGAGUUUGCUAUGGAGUUUUGCAACACUUAGCAGAUGAAUAUGGCUCCAAGGACUCCAUAACAUUUGCCACUACUCCCUCACAUCUAGCUCCCAUCACACUUCAAGCCAGGACACUAAUGCAAGCAAAUAUUUUACAAUCGUAUACAGAAUUAAUUAAGCUGUCUAGUGUGUUUAUACCUCUCAAUCUUCGGAAACACUGCUGGGAUUUCCAGGCAUCUUGUGUUACAUUUCCAAACUUAGUACUCUUGGAAAAUAAUGCCUACAUUGCCAGCAGCGUUUUGGCAGCAUUUAUUGACACUGCAAGUUUAGUGUAUCGCAGCCGUGUCUCACCCAUGUCACUUUCAUGUGUAGUGGACUUUCUGACUCCUGCACGACGAAAUGUAGUAGGAGGAAGUUUAGCAUUACCAUUAGGACUUAGCUCUAACCAGGGAAUGUUGGAAUGGCUGCGGCAAGGAUACAAGCCUCAGUUAGUUUCUCUGAGUGCUGGAUGCAACUUCACAGUUGAACCCAUCAGUGAACUACUCAUUAUCAGAGGAAUUUCUCCAUCUAGACUAACCAGAGCAGACACCAAACUGCCUCCAGGAGUACACUAUAACAGUGCCUCUCAGCUUUAUAGUGAUUUUCUGCAAGAGUGUCGCAUACCUCCAAGUGAGCGCAUGGUGACCUCAGUCUCUGAUCCUCUGAAGCUCUCUCCACCCUUCCCUUCUAUCAUCUCAGGCUCAUUCACAGAAGAUGGUUUUGCAAAUUCUUUUGGUAAUGUUGCUGCAGCUGGUAUAAUCAAGAGUGCACCUUCUGAAGCAGGUCUGCACCAGAGUGGUGGGAUGACUCCUCUACUCCAUGAUCUUCUGACAGUGGCAGAAAAACUUGAUAUUUCCAAGGUGCCUGCAUUAUUGGAGGAGGGAUUUGACAAGGAUGGUUGGUCUGGUGUGGUGGAGGAUCUACGAACAAUUACCCUUAAUUAUUCUUUAAAUAAUGUAGAUAUUGACAGUUCUGAUGAUAGUUAAGUUUUUAGCUGCAUUUAAGCCUUAAUACUAAUUUUUUUAUUUUGUGUUUUUCUAACUUCUAGAAUUAUUCAGGCUGUCAGUUACUAUUUCUUUUCUUUGUUUAUUACUCAUUUGCAGAUUUUUUUUUUUUCAACAAACCGGCCGUAUCCCACCAAGGCAGAAAUAUAUUAUUGUAUAAUCAGUAUGCUAUACUUAGAGCCCCUUUACAAUUUCAUCAAGAUAGCUUCUUUGACUUUGGUAACCUGUACAUAAAUACAUGUAAUUUAUUGUAAGUAAAACCUAUGAAACCCACAAGAGACUUUUUAUAUAAGUUGGUUUUGGUAACCUGUAUAUACAGUGAACCUUCUUGUUAACGGACUAAUGGGGGGAGGGGUGUAUGACAUUGCCGACUGUUGCAACUUCUAAAUUAUGAAAUUAAUUUUUCACAAUCGUCUGGUUGUCUUCUGAACUAGCAGACCUCAUCUAAUGUAGAAGACCUCUAAUACUAUGGUACGGUAUUUUAUCAUAAUUGUUUACUUUUUUUGUGAAGGAGAAAUGACGUAUAAACUGCAGUGAUCAAUAGUGGUAACUUGGAUUAACUUCUGUUUUGAAUCAUCACUAUCCUUUACACUGUAAAUUUGCCCUUUGUUCUGCAAAUAUCAGACACUGUUUUGUAGCACCAUAUUCCUCACAUACCCAUGCCACUGUAAACUGCACUUUGCUUAAUAUGUUAAUAAUCACACAAAAUGCUCUAAAUCCUGGGAAAAUAGACUACCCUAUUUAUUUAUUUAUUUAGGGAUCAGCCACAUCAAAUCACCUUAAGCCAAUAACAACACAACAAAAAGCGGUGGUAUAAAUUAUCACUCGGUCUACUGCCAAACAACACAUUUCCCCAAUCUUCAGAGGCCUAAACCUACUAGAUAUAAAAAAAAAAUUCACUCACACUAUUGUGCAUACUUUCUUAGAAAAUGCAACAUGAUUCAGACACAAAAGUCUAUAUGAUAUUCCCCACAUCCAGCUUAAUCUGUGCAAAAGAACUCAAUGUUCAUAAACUGACUAAAAUCUGAAAUGCUACCUGAAAACUCCAGUCUCUCUUUCUGCCAGCUGCUUCUAGGUUACUGUUAAAAAAACACCUCCUUUCUGUAAUGUGAUCCAGACAACAGUUAUGCUGAACAAUUCUUUCAACCUGCAUUGUCCCUAUCCUUGUCUACUAUCCAUUCAUCACAUGUACCAGCUUCUUUCUUAAUACACCUCUAAUUACACCUUACUGAAUACCACCAAUAUUUUAAAACUAUGUACAGGUGCUCCCUGACUUACGAUGGGGUUAUUUUCCGAUGAACCCAUCGGAAGUUGAAAAUAUCUCAAGCCAAAUUUUUUUUUUUUUUUUUUUAACGUUGGCCAUCUCCCACCGAGGCAGGGUGCGCCAAAAAAGAAACACUUUCACCAUCAAUUCACACAAUCACUGUCUUUGCAGAGGCACCCAGAUAUGAAAGUUUAGACGUCACUCUAAACAGCCAAUUUUCCAAACCCCUCCUUUAAAGUGCAGGCAUUGUACUUCCCACCUCCAGGAUUCAAGUCUGGCUAACCGGUUUCCCCGAAUCCCUUCACAAAAUAUUACUCUGCUCGACUCACGAAAUUUUAACGACACGAUUGCAAACAAACCGUGCCAGGGACUGGGAUUCAACUCGUGGCGAGCGAGUUGUAAAACUCCAGGCUGGCACGCAAGCCACUGGGCCAGCUGGCUACAG